AUGGGCAUGAAAGGUAAGUUGAUAGCUUCAAUGGAGGUGAAAUGUGGAGGACAUUUGCUUUUUGAUAUUUUUCAUACCAAUAAUCACCAUGUACCCAAUAUAAGUCCUAGAAAUAUCAACCAUUUUGAGAUUCAUGAAGGUGAAAUUAUAAAGGCUGGUUCAAUUGUUAGCUGGAAAUAUAAUGAAGGUGGACAACAAAUGUACAUGAAAUACUUAGUUGAAGCCGCAGAUCCUGAGAACAAAUCAAUUACAUGGAAACUGAUUGAAGGAGAUUUAUUAGAGUUGUAUAAUUACUUUAAUGUUGCAACAUCUUGUGAUCAUCAAUGGACUACUUGGACAUAUGAAUACGAAAAAAAAAGUGAAGAUACCCCAGAGCCCCUCAUUCACUUAAGUUUUAUCCUUGACCUAAUAAAGGAUAUAGAGGGUCACCUUCUCAAGAAUUAA